ACAAUCUCCGGGCCCUCGACAAAUCAAUCAUCAGUUGCUAUUGUCUGUAAGUGAUUUAUUUAUUUAAUUUGAGAAGUCGUUCAUUGUCUGCAGAUUAUAAUCUUUUGUGCGCUAUAUUAUGCAGAUCGAAGAUGCUCGAAUGCAAAAGGGACGAUAUCACAGACAUUGGGUUCAUUGACCCGAACACAAUGCAUGUCAAAACCAUAGAUGAUCCCCUCUAUAACAAGGAUACACCGCAGACUUUGCUAAGGUUUUUGAAGCGACAACGUGACAAAAAGCUAAUACUUUGGCCUUACAACUUCGAGUUUCACUUUAUUCUUCUCGUCAUCAAUUUGGAAAUUGGAGAAGUUGAAGUCUUGGACUCACUAACCAAAGAAAAGGAUCUAUACGUGUCUUGUUUUUUAAUGCUCAGAAGCGUAUGGCAAACUUUCAUCAAGGAAGAUACGUCCCGUGAAUGGCCACCGAAGCUGCGAUGGCGUGCGAAAAAAUGCCCGCAACAACCUCCGGGGACCGAUCUCUGUGGAUUCUUCGUUUGCGAGUUCAUCCGCAGAAUUGUCAACGAGAGAACGAAUAAUGAGAGAAAUAAAGAGGUACAAAAACAAUCUUCACAAAUUUGUUUUGUUAUCAUAAGUUGUGCCGAGUUUCAGUAAUAGUUGUUUCAUGUAUUCAUUUGUAUCUUAUUCUUUUAUAGUUGGCAAGAAAGCGGAACAAGCUCUCAAUCGAUGACCGCUUCAUAGCAAUAGG